UGGUCUCGUCCCCGUCUUCCUUCCUCUGUGCCGGCGGGGCGGCGGCCGCUCGCUCUCCGGAAGCGCUGUUGCCGCGGCCGUUCCUGCUGCCGUUGAUCGCCCGCCGCGCUCGGACGAGGACCCUCUGCCGUAGCCGCCGGAACCAACAGCCAACAUGUCUAGCAAAAGGGCAAAGACGAAGACCACCAAGAAGCGCCCUCAGCGUGCCACUUCCAAUGUAUUCGCAAUGUUUGAUCAGUCGCAGAUCCAAGAAUUCAAGGAGGCCUUCAACAUGAUCGACCAGAACAGGGAUGGCUUCAUUGACAAAGAGGACUUGCACGAUAUGCUCGCCUCCCUUGGAAAGAAUCCAACGGAUGAAUACCUAGAUGCCAUGAUGAAUGAGGCUCCAGGCCCCAUAAACUUCACAAUGUUCCUCACAAUGUUUGGAGAGAAGUUAAAUGGCACCGAUCCAGAAGACGUCAUCAGGAAUGCUUUUGCUUGCUUUGAUGAAGAAGCAACAGGGUUCAUCCAGGAAGACUACCUGCGCGAGCUGCUGACGACCAUGGGGGACAGGUUCACGGAUGAAGAGGUGGAUGAGCUGUACAGAGAGGCGCCCAUCGAUAAAAAGGGCAAUUUCAACUACAUUGAAUUCACGCGCAUCCUGAAACACGGAGCGAAAGACAAGGAUGACUGAGCAAGUCCCUGGAUACCUGCAGAUUACCUCUGCUUUACACUUAAGUUUUUUGAGGGUUUCUUCCUGAUAGAACUUGUUGCAUGCAUUUAGCUUUACAGCUUUUGCCUUUCUCAAUGUAUUUAUCUAUUUCAGGCCAUUUAGGCGCAUUUGCACCUGUGUAAUCAGACUGGAAGCGGGGAAAAAUAUUGUGAGGGAAAGGCUAUGGGGACAAAGAUCCACGGACCUUUGAUAGCCCAGGAAAACAAUCUCAGCAUUUCUGGUUUAGCUGGAUUUUUACAUUUUUUUGUAAUAAAUGCCAUUUUGAAAUAAAGAUUGCUAUAUAGAUAAGA